AUGGCUCUACAAAGACGUGGAAUCCUGACACAGCCGGUUACUUGUGCACGAUGCGGGGAGCAAGAAUCAGCGGAGCACCUAUUCUUACAGUGUGAUUUUGCCAGACAAGUCUGGAGCUUACUCCCGACUACUAGACCGCUUCGCAAUAUGAUGGCGGACUUUGAUCAUGUUCUGAGCUCCUCAGCGGAAUUGACAUGCCUCCCUCCUACGGGAAUCUCCGGUAAUAUCUUCUCAUGGGUUUGUUGGUGUAUUUGGACUGCACGGAAUCGCUUGAUUUUUGAAAACAGGACACUAGAUGCAGAAGAGGUCAUCUGCUCUGCUCUGCGACUAGCACGUGAAUGGCAUAAUGCCCAGUUAACCAAAUCACAAGCGACAGGAACAGUGAGGAACGACUACACUCCUGUACAGGCAAAUGCAUCGACACGACUCUAUACUCUGCAUACAGACGCUGCGUGGAGAGCACUUGAUAGAACUGCAGGGUGUGGAUGGAUUAUAUACAACCCAGACGAGAGAGGAACGACUACAGGCACAUCGACGGAACUCUGUGUCGCAUCACCAUUGAUGGCGGAAGCUCUAGCUGUACGGGAAGCCCUGCUGCAAGCGAAAGCCCUCCAUCUAUCCAAUAUCUGCCUCAAAUCAGAUAAUCAAGUGCUCAUCAAAGCACUAAACUCGAAGCAACAUCCGGUGGAGAUCUACGGAAUCAACUUGGAUAUCGAGAGCCUAUCUUUUUCUUUUUCUUCUAUUUCCUUCGUUUAUGUCUCUAGAAAUUCGAAUUCGGCUGCAGAUGCACUUGCAAAGUCUGCUUUGUACUCUGUGAACUACUAG